AUGUUCUUGCGUUGUCCUACCUCCACUGCAGGCUCGAUAUCGGUGAACAGCCGCCACUUCCCGUUCGUGGCCAACGGUGAGAGUGAGAUCCUGGACCUGGACAGCGACAUGUACCUGGGGGGUCUCCCAGAAAACAAGCUGGACCUGGUGCUGCCCCCCGAGCUGUGGACGGCCUUCCUGCGGUACGGCUACGUGGGUUGUGUGCGCGACCUCUUCAUCGACGGGCGAAGCCGGGACAUCCGGCGCCUGGCUGAGCUCCAGAACACCGGGGGGGUCAGCGGCUUCUGUAGCCGGGAAACCCUGAAGCAGUGCAGCACCAGUCCGUGUCGGAACGGGGGACAGUGCCGUGAGGGCUGGAACCGCUACAUUUGUGACUGCACUGGCACCGGCUACUUCGGCAGGAACUGUGAGACGGAGGGGACCGUCCUCAGCUACGAUGGCAGCAUGUACAUGAAGGUAAUCAUGCCAACGGUGAUGCACACAGAAGCUGAAGACAUCUCCCUGCGGUUCAUGUCACAGAGAGCCUACGGCCUGCUCAUGGCCACCACCUCCAAAGUCUCUGCGGACACCCUCAGGCUUGAGUUGGACGGGGGACGGGUGAAGCUGACCGUCAACUUAG